GCAGCAGAGCCGCAGCGAGCGCCCGCGCCGACGGCCCCGCCGCGCCCAGGACCUACAGGAAGGCAAAGCAAACACGGCCUCGCCUUCCUCCCCCACCGGCACGGCGGCCGUGGCGGAGCCGUAGGGGCGAUGCUGCGGGCCGGGGGGAGCGCGGGGGGGGCAGCACCCAUGGGUGCUCACCGGGGGCUGGCGCGGGGACACGGCGUCUGCUCGCUGUCGCCCGCAGGGUGCGGCAUGGAGGGCAGGGAGGAGGCGAGCGACACCGACAGCGGGAUCAUGCUGCACUCGGGCCCCGGCAGCCCGGUGUCCCCGCUGAAGGAGCUGGCGCAGCGGGUGCGGCGGCAGCAGCAGGCGCUGGAGGCGUGCGUGCAGGAGCUGCGGCGGCUCUGCCUGCGCGAGGCGGAGCUGACGGGGACGCUGCCCCGCGAGUUCCCCCUGAAGGCCGGCGAGAAGCCCCCCAAGGUGCGGCGCAGGAUCGGUGCCGCCUUCAAGCUGGACGAGACCCUGGUGCUGCGCGGGGCGGACCCGCUGAGCGCCCUGGAGCGGGACCUGGCGCUGCAGCUGCAGAUCGCCAAGGCCGCCCACCGCCUGUGCCGGGAGGAGAACAUCAGCAAGCAGCUGCGCCGGAGGAGGAAGACGGCGGCGCUGAAGGAGGAGAAGAAGCUGAAGGAGCUGGAGAACACCCUCAGCCAGUGCCGCCUCCUGGCCGGCCGCCGGCCCCUGCCCGCCAGCGGCUCCGGGGGUGCUCAGGAGCUCAGCGCCUCGGACGAGAGCUCGCUGUCGGAUGCCGUCCUGCUGGAGGAGGAGGAGACGCAGCCGCCGGGACCCGGCACCCCGCGGGGGUCCCCAUCUCCAUCCCCGUCCCCAUCCCCGCGGCCCCGUUCAGGCCCCGAGGAGCGCGCUGAGGUGGAGGGGCCGGGGCACCCACCCACACCUGCCAGCCCCUGGAGGGAGACCAGCCUCGACGGGCCCUACGAGAAGGCCAAGAAAGCCGGCGAUGACCCUGGGGACAGCGAAACCUGGGGGGCCCGGUGCUGCCCCACGUCCCCACCCGCUGUCGCCACCGCCCCCGGCAGCCCUGACCUCGCAGCCUCGCUGGCGCCCAGGACCGCGGAUGUCCCUCCGUACCGCUUCGUCCCCAUCCGGACCCUGGUGCUGUGCCGGCAGGUGGGCUCCAGCGCCCCCAGCACCCCGGAGCCACCGAGCCGGCGGGGACAAUCCCAGUCCCUGAGGGUGGAGGCGCGCUGGGAGCCCGGCGAGCUGCGGGGCCGCAGCACCGCUCCCCGCCGCCGCCCCACGUACUACACGGUGACGGUGCCCACCUCCUGCUUGCCGGCCCCCGGCCCCACGCAUCGCUCCGGCUCCGACGACAGCAUCUCCGACGUCUCCAGCAUCUCCCACGCCACCUCCCCGGGCAGCAGCAGCCCCGACGUCUCCUUCCCGCGCCCCCCAGCCCCGCCGCCCCUCGCCGAACCCGGUUACUACCCCCGGGGCGCCCCCCGGCUCCUGCCACCCCCCGGCCCCCCGGCUUUCCUCUACGAGCAGGAUCUGGCCCCGCUGCGCUACCAGCGCCUGGUGCCCUCGCACAGCCGCAUCGUGCGCACCCCGUCGCUCAAGGACUACGCGCCGGCGGGCGCCCGCGGGCUCUCCAAGGCGGCGGUGACGGAGGAGCUCAAGUCGUGGCACCAGCGCGCCCGGCUGCGGGGCGCCCGGCCCCACUCCCUCGACAGGCAGGGCGCCUUCCGGGGACCCCGCGGCGGGACCCCCCGUGACGGCCCCCCCAUCCGUGGGGCCCCGCUGCGGGCUCAGGCGCCCCCGAUCCGUGUCCUGCGGCGCUCCCCGGACGGCGUGCCCGUGCAGGUCUACGUGCCUGAGAACGGCGAGAUCGUCACACAGGUGUGAGCACCCCCCCCCCCCCGCCCGGGGGGGCACGGCCUGGCUGGCCCAGGGCGCUGGGGACAGGGGGACGGGGCCGUCCUGCCCUCCCUCCACCCUCCCUGGGCUUGGGGACAUGGCGGGGGGGGAGGCAUGGCUGCCCCCAGCACCCUGUGGUGCCCAGGGCUGGGACGGGGUGGCCGGGGCUGGCCCCCACCCGCUGUCCCGUGUCCCCUCACCGGUGACCCCAAGAGGGUCUGUGGUGCAAAGGUGGUGUAAUUCGGGCUUUUUUCUCUAAUAAACGUGGUCAUUUGGGA